AUGCUUCAAUCGCCACAUGAUCAAAUGAUUGGCGUUACAUGCCAAGGGCAAUCCCGUGCUACUUGCUUCGAGCCAGAAGGUGUGUCAAAUGAAGAUCAACAACAUUGGAGCACUGCAGGUCGUACUGUUCGUACCCCGACAAUAACACCAUUCUAUUUCGGGUGCCUACCUCUACGGUCUCGCCAGGUGAUCUGGGUAAACCCCCUUCGGAUUGCACGUUUAAUGGUAUCUUUUAUUUCUAUAAAUGAUACCAAGUACAUCUCUGGUCUACGAUUGAUCAAGGAACAAGGCGGGGAUGACUGCUUGGGAUACAUUUAUCCUGCCACAGAAGAACCCAUCUGCUUGCCUCAGCCUGCAGAAAUUCGUGAACGGUGCUUCGGCGUGGACUUUCGAGGCAUAAAGGCCACCUCGUUGAAGACUGAAAGCGGGUGGAAUUCGCCUUACUACUAUCUUCCGUUCACCACCUGUUUCUUCGGUCCGGCUGAGAAUCCUGCACUGUCGACAUUGAUCCAGGUUGUUGCUUAUGCAUACGACAUGUUCACUCUUGCAGGUCUCGAGACUAUUCACACGGAUGAUUCCAAAAACAUCUUACUCGGCCGUCGCGGACCAUCCGAUAACAGGCCAGGCAACAGAGUCUAUGAAUAUUCUAAGGAUCGCCAUCUCCCCUUCUCCAUUGAUAGGCCCGAGGGGGGAGCGAAUCACCGGCGUACAGGUCGAGAAAAGCUGGGGUGA